GUGGUGCCGGAAUGCGUCACAAGCAAAAAGAGCACCAUCAUGGUGGUGGUGAAAUUGGUGGUGGUGGAGGAAAGCCUAGAGGUGGAAUUGGAAAAGGAAUUGGAAUCGGUGGCGGAAGUGGUACAGGAGGAGGAAUAGGUGGUGGUGGCAGCGGCGGCGGCGGUAUUGGAGGAGGAAUUGGUAGUGGAGGUGGUGCAGGGGGAGGUAGUGGAGGAGGAAUAGGUAGUGGAGGUGGUGAAGGAGGAGCAAUUGGUGGUGGAGGAGGAAAGCCUGGAGGUGGAAUUGGAAAAGGAAUUGGUGGCGGAAGUGGAACGGGAGGAGGGAUUGGCAGUGGACGUGGUGUAGGGGGAGGUAGUGGGGGAGGAAUAGGUAGAGGAGGUGGUGCAGGAGGAGGAAUUGGUGGUGGUGGUGGUGGUAUUGGAGGAGGAAUUGGUGGUGGAGGUGGAGCAGGGGGAGGUAGCGGAGGAGGAAUAGGUAGUGGAGGUGGUGCAGGAGGAGGAAUAGGUGGUGGUGGAGGAAAGCCUGGGGGUGACAUUGGAAAAGGAAUGGGUGGUGGAAGUGGUAUGGGAGGAGGAAUUGGCGGUGGAGGUGGUGCAGAGAGAGGUAGUGGAGGUGGAGGUGGUGCAGGAGGAGGAAUAAGUGGUGGUGGUGGUGGAGGAAAGCCUGGGAGUGGCAUUGGCAAAGGAAUUGGUGGUGGAAGUGGUACCAGAGGAGGAAUAGCUGGUGGUGCUAGUGGCGGUAAUGGAGGAGGAAUUGGGGGAGGAGGUGGAGCUGGCGGGGGUAUUGGCAAAGGGGUUGGUGGUGGUGGAGGCGCAAGGGAAGGGACUGGCGGUGGAGUAGGUGGUAGUAGUGGCGCAAGUGGGGGGACAAGAAAAGGUAUUGGCAAAGGAUUUGGUGGAGGAUUCGGUGGUGGUGCUGGAAGUGGGUUUGGGGGAGGAAUAGGUGGUGGUGGUGGCGGCGGCGGCGGAGGUGGUGGUGGCGGAGGUGGUGGCAUUGGUGGAGGAGGUAUUGGCAAGGGAGUUGGAGGAGGUUUUGGAGGAGGUUCAGGCUUUGGCGGGGGUAUUGGUGGUGGCGGGGGAGGGUUUGGCGGCGGUGGAGGAGGAGGAUUUGGUGGCAGUGUAGGUGAUAAUGGAGGCAUUGGUGGUGGCAGCGAAUCGGGUGGUAAAGCAGGAUUUAUUGGUGGCGGUAAUAGUGCUGGCGGCAAUCUUAAGUUUUAUAGCUCUUUCAACCAGGUCAAGGCAAAGAAACCUUGA